GCAAAGCAACUCCUGAGGGAAAGCAGUGCACAUCACUGACCAUUCUACAGGAGGACCAAUGAGCGGAAACACAAGAACCAUGUGAGAGCCAAUGACAUAACACUGUGCACUGGCUGAUAGCAAUAGAGAACAACCAAUGGGGCCCUGCAUUACAUGUGAGCAUCACAGACCCCUGUACAGCUGGAGACUGUCAUAGGAAAGGAGUAGGAGGAAUGUGAUGGAGCAGGAGGCACAACAACAACACUGUCACAACAAGGGACAUUUUUAUAUCGUUUGAGGCUAAAGAGAAGUGCAGAGGGACAAGGUAUCUGAUGGGAGUUCUGUCACAAUGGCUGCUCUAUAUCAGAGCACUGACUCUUCCUCUCCGAAUAAAUUUCUGGCUCUAAAAGAUGUCAGAGAAGUCAAGGAAGAGACCACUUUAGAUGAGAAGCUCUUCUUGCUGGCCUGCGAGAAAGGCGACUAUUAUAUGGUUAAAAAACUUUUGGAGGAGAACAGUUCAGAUGAAUUAAACAUUAAUUCAGUAGAUGUCUUAGGAAGAAAUGCUAUUACAAUAUCGAUUGAAAAUGAGAACUUGGAUAUUCUACAGCUUCUCCUGGACCAUGGCUGUCAGUGUCGCCAUAUAUGGGGUAGCAGGUGGUCUCCUAUUCUGAGCCCUGAUGAUGUCAGGGAAGUAGAGGGAUCUUUGUCCACAGAUGCAUUGCUGGUGGCAAUAGACUCUGAAGUGGUUGGGGCAGUAGAUAUUCUACUGAAUCAUCGUCCAAAAUGGUCUUCGAGGCCCACAAUUGUGAAACUCAUGGAGCAUAUACAGAACCCAGAGUAUUCCACAACCAUGGAUGUGGCUCCUGUUAUUUUAGCUGCUCAUAGAAAUAACUAUGAGAUCCUGACAAUGCUCUUAAAACAAGAUGUCUCGCUUCCAAAACCUCAUGCUGUAGGCUGUGAGUGUACCCUAUGUACAGCCAAGAAUAAGAAGGACAGUCUCAGACACUCCAGAUUUCGGCUUGAUAUUUACCGAUGUUUGGCCAGUCCAGCUCUAAUCAUGUUAACUGAAGAAGAUCCUAUUUUACGGGCAUUCGAGCUCAGUGCAGAUUUGAAAGAACUGAGUCUUGUGGAAGUAGAAUUUAGGAAUGACUAUGAAGAGCUCGCUCAGAAGUGUAAGACCUUUGCAAAGGACUUGUUGGCUCAAGCCAGGAAUUCUAGAGAGCUGGAAGUGAUCUUGAACCAUCAGUCCAGUGAUGAACCAUUGGACAAGAGAGGACUUCUGGAAGAGCGAAUGAAUCUUAGCCGCUUAAAGCUGGCAAUCAAGUACAACCAAAAAGAGUUUGUAUCACAAUCCAAUUGCCAACAGUUUCUUAACACAGUGUGGUUUGGACAAAUGGCGGGCUACAGAAGAAAACACACCUGCAAAAAGAUACUGAUUGUCCUAACUGUAGGAAUUUGUUGGCCAAUCCUUUCUCUGUGCUAUCUGCUAGCCCCAAAGUCUCAAGUUGGACGCAUGAUCCACACACCUUUUAUGAAAUUCAUCAUACAUGGGGCAUCGUACUUUACUUUCCUACUACUUCUUAACUUAUAUUCCUUAGUCUACAAUGAACAUAAAAAGAACACUAUGGGACCAGCCUUGGAGAGAAUAGACUACCUGCUUAUUUUAUGGAUCAUAGGGAUGGUUUGGUCAGAUGUGAAGAGGCUUUGGUAUGAUGGCCUGGAAGAUUUUUUGGAAGAAUCUCGGAAUCAGCUCAGCUUUGUGAUGAAUUCUUUAUAUUUAGCAACUUUCACUCUUAAAAUAGUGGCUCACAGCAAGUUCCACCACAUUGCAGAAAGAAAGGACUGGGAUGCUUUCCAUCCCACACUGGUAGCAGAAGGUCUAUUCGCUUUUGGCAAUGUGCUCAGCUAUCUGCGUCUUUUCUUUAUGUAUACAACAAGUUCAAUUCUGGGACCAUUACAGAUAUCCAUGGGUCAAAUGUUACAAGAUUUUGGAAAAUUCCUUGGCAUGUUCCUUUUAGUCCUAUUCUCAUUUACCAUUGGACUGACACAAUUGUAUGAUAAAGGGUACACAGACAGUGAACCCAAGGACUGCGUUGGGAUCUUCUGUGAGCGCCAGAGCAAUGACACCUUCCACUCGUUUAUUGGCACAUGUUAUGCUCUCUUCUGGUAUAUUUUCUCACUGGCACACGUAGCUCUCUUUGUGACCAGAUUUAGUUACAAUGAUGAACUUCAGUCUUUUGUGGGAGCAUUAAUAGUUGGAACAUACAAUGUGGUGGUUGUGAUCGUCCUGACCAAGCUUCUCGUGGCCAUGCUGCACAAGAGCUUCACACUCAUUGCUAAUCAUGAGGAUAAAGAAUGGAAGUUUGCCCGGGCCAAGCUGUGGCUGAGCUAUUUUGAUGACAAAUGUACGCUCCCUCCACCUUUUAACAUACUUCCAUCUCCCAAAACUAUUUGCUAUAUCUUCAACAGUCUAAGUAAGUGGAUCUGUUCCCACACCCCAACAGGGAGAGUGAAGCGACAAAAUAGUCUAAAGGAAUGGAAGAGUCUCAGACAAAAAAGAGAUGAAAACUACCAGAAGGUCAUGUGCUGUCUGGUUCAUCGAUACUUGACUUCAAUGAGGCAGAAGAUGCAGAGCACUGACCAGGCCACAGUGGAAAACCUAAAUGAGCUCCGCCAGGACCUUUCUAAAUUCCGGAAUGAGAUGAGAGACCUUCUUGGCUUCAGGACAUCAAAAUAUGCAAUGUUCUACCCGAGGAAUUAAGCCGUUAAUUGUAGCACUGACUCUUUGCUCCAUCUGUUUGUGCCAGUAUUUUGUUGUCAUGCCCUUAAAGUGUACAUUUUUCGUUUUCAAGAAACCAGCAGGAAAAAUAAUUUUAUAGCAUGGAGCACAGAUCCUUCGUUUUCCCCAAAACUUUCUAUAGAUAUAAUGAAUUGGAGCAAGUGUCCAUGAAAUAAACUCCCUAGAGGUUGUAACUCUUGGAUAUGCUUGGUACUUAGUGAAAAGCAUGGGCACUUACUUCAGCAAGCACAUGAACUCAAACCUACCCCCUCCCAACCUAGUCCAUCAUGUAAGGGUGUGUUCACACCACGGUUUGUCAAUACGGGGACCGGAUCCGGCUGGGGGGAGUGAAAACCGGACCCGGCCCACAUCUCAUUCAUUUGUAUACCAUGGUUUUAGGUCUGGUCACAAAACCGGGUACGGGGCAAAAAUGAGCCGACCGGAGUCACUAUCUGACUCAGGUCGGCUCAUUCAAAUGAAUGAGAUAUGUCAGCGCCCGGUUUACCCAUCUUCCAGCCGGAUCCGGUCCCCGUAUGUGAUAAACGUAGUGUGAAGCCAGCUUAAUAGUGUUCUUCCCCAUUUUCCCCAUAUAGCUUGCUUUUUAGAGAACAGCUACAUCUCAUAGAAAUCACUGCUAGUAGCCCUGAGAAUGGCAUAACCACAAGGCAUCACACAGGUAGGUGUAAUCACUUUUUACAGGUAGUUACGCAGAUGAUUACAAAUUCCACAUUGUGAACAGGAUGCUGUAGAGCAGUGGUCUCAAACUGUGGCCCUCCAGAUGUUGCAAAACUUCAACUCCCAGCAUGGCAUGAAAAACCGUCCUAAGGGCCCCUUUGACAGGCAGAUCUAGUGGUGCUUAUUAAAGGAGACUUUAGAUGGCCCAUUUAUUGUCAGGGUCGACAAACGAUGGUGUAAUAGGCCCUUAAAGGAGAUCCUUCUGAUAGGGGAUAAGUUUUAGAUCGCGGGGCAUCCAAGUGCUGCCCCCCCCCCCCCCCCCCCCCGUGAUCUCCUAUACGGGGCCGUGGCAAUGUAAAGAAAAGGGGGCGUUCUGUCCCUGCAUGAUGCGGCAGCCAGCACACGCCUCCAUGUAUCUCCAUGGGAUUAUGUGUACCACAUAAAUAUAUGCACAGGAGUACAAAUAUGCUGUUUUUAGGUAACAUAACUAUAUCCCUGUACUGUUCUUCUCCCCUAUGGAUCUGAUCACUUCCUGGUUUCCUCUCUGAACCGUGACCCUGCAGUUGCCAAGCAACAGCGCCCACACUUUCCCACAAUCCCCCUUGCUUGCACAAACAAUAGUGACUAACAAGCAAUAUGCAGCUGGACUGAGUAUACCUGACUAUCUCAGUGGAUGCCCUUAGAUGGUCGUAACCAAGGGCAACAGUGCAAAUCAAAGAAAGCAUGUGGGAGAUAAAAAGUAUAUAUAUAAUAUAUAUAUAUAUAUAUAUAUAUAUAUAUAUAUAUAGCUAUGUGGUAGCUUGGGGGGUGUAGGGUGAAUAGGGUGUAGCUGUGCGUUGAUGAAAGGGUGUUGCAUUAACCCUUAACUGCCGUGACGCCAGGGUGCGGGUUCCUCCUCAUAUGUAUAUCCUACCACCAACCAUCCCAGGAACGAUAGGGAGGAAUAAAGGAUUGUAGUAAACUGGAAUUAACUUUACUGCAGAUUUUAUGCAGGAUGAAAUCAGCAAACAGACCGGUACUUAGGCUCCUCACAGGUUGGUUGGGACCUUGUAGGGAAUAAGCUUUGAGGCUUUCCUUACGCUAUUCCACUGAAUUUAGGGGUUUGAUUUAGGUUCAGUAGUCACAUAGGAUUUUAGGAGAGAGUUGGAUAAACUCACGGUUAGCAAGAUGCUGAAGAGAUAGGCUUCAGGCCUAGAUUUGUCUUGUAGGUAUACACAGAGCUGUGUUCUCUCUGUUAGUCCAGAACCCAAGAGAGAUGUUGCUUGCUUUGCAACCAGGAACUAAGAGAGAGAUGAUUGGAAACAGCGCACUUAUAUGGCAAGGGGGCAGGCUCAAAGCUUAUUGGAUCCACAAACCUGUCAGUCCUAUUACAAAGGAUUGCGGUACAUCAGGUGGCACAAUCACGUGACCUGGAAGUUGCUUAACCUUAGCAACACAUUUACUGUAGAUCACAUGACCUAAGGUCCUGGAAGUAACCUUUAUAAAAUAAAAUAUAUACAAUUUACACUUUAACCCCUUAAGGUCACAUAACGUACUGGAACAUCAUGUGUCCGCUCCCGAUCUAUAACGCGGGGGGGCGUCAUAGCGGGUCGAAAGUGAAAGUAUGCCGGUUAGCUCAGUGGGCUGUUCGGGAUAGCUGCGGAGAAAUCGCGGCAUCCCGAACAGCUUACAGGACAGCAGGAGGGUCCCUACCUGCCUCCUCGCUGUCCGAUCGCUCAUGAGAUCCAGGCAUGAGCAGUCAAGCGGCAGAAUCAUCGAUCACUGGUUUCCUAUGAGAAACCAGUGAUCAAUGUAAAAGAUCAGUGUCUGCAGUGUUAUAGGUCCCUAUGGGAGCUAUAACACUGCAAAAAAAAAAAAGUGAAAAAAAAAAGUGAAUAAAGAUCAUUUAAUCCCUUCCCUAUUAAAAGUUUGAAUCACCCCCCUUUUCCCAUAAAAAAACACAGUGUAAAUAAAAAUAAACAUAUAUGGUAUCUCCACGUGCGGAAAUGUCCAAAUUAUAAAAAUAUAUCGUUAUUUAAACUGCAUGGUCAAUGGCGUACGUGCAAAAAAAUCCCAAAGUCCAAAAUAGUGCAUUUUUGGUCACUUUUUAUAUCAUGAAAAAAUUUAUAAAAAGCGAUCAAUAAGUCCUAACAAUGCAAAAAUGGUACCGCUAAAAACUUCACAUCACGGCGCAAAAAAUUAGCUCUCGUACCUCCCCAUAUGCACAAAAAUUAAAAAGUUAUAGGGGUCAGAAGAUGACAAUUUUAAACGUAUUAAUUUUCCUGCAUGUAGUUAUGAUUUUUUCCAGAAGUACGACAAAAUCAAACCUAUAUAAGUAGGGUAUCAUUUUAAUCGUAUGAACCUACAGAAUAAAGAUAAGGUGUCAUUUUUACCGAAAAAUGUACUACGUAGAAACGGAAGCCCCCAAAAGUUACAAAACAGCGGGUUUUCUUUCAAUUUUGUCUCACAAUGAUUUUUUUUCCGUUUUGCCGUAGAUUUUUGGGCAAAAUGACUGAUGUCAUUACAAAUAAGAAUUGGUGGAGCAAAAAAUAAGACAUCAUAUGGAUUUUUAGGUGCAAAAUUGAAAGUUAUGAUUUUUUAAAGGCAAGGAGGAAAAAACGAAAAUGCAAAAACGGAAAAACCCUUGGUCCUUAAGGGGUUAAAUUAAAGAAGGAAGAGGCGACCAGGGGUUAUCCCAUUAAGAGACUCCUAUCAGGACAGAGGAACUCUGACUAUGGGGACUUACGACACAAGGUACAGGACCAUAUCCAGUACUGGGACACCACACACACACACACACAUAUAUAUAUAUAUAUAUAUAUAUAUAUAUAUAUAUAUAUAUAUAUAUAUAUAUAUCUAUAUAUAUAUAUAUAGAUAUAUAUAUAUAUACAGUACAGACCAAAAGUUUGGACACACCUUCUCAUUCAAAGAGUUUUCUUUAUUUUCAUGACUAUGAAAAUUGUAGAUUCACACUGAAGGCAUCAAAACUAUGAAUGAACACGUGGAAUUAUAGACAUAACAAAAAAAAGUGUUGAACAACUGAAAAUAUGUCAUAUUCUAGGUGGAAAGUGUCCCCAAGUGCAGUCACAAAAACCAUCAAGAGCUACAAAGAAACUGGCUGACAUGUGGACCGCCCCAGUAAAGGAAGACCAAGAGUCACCUCUGCUGCGGGGGAUAAGUUCAUCCGAGUCACCAGCCUCAGAGUUCUAGCAGCAGACACAUCUCUAGAACAACUGUUAAGAGGAGACUGUGUGAAUAAGGCCUUCAUGGUAGAAUAUCUGCUAGGAAACCACUGCUAAGGACAGGCAACAAGCAGAAGAAACUUGUUUGGGAUAAAUAACACAAGGAAUGGAAAUUAGACCAGUGGAAAUCUGUGCUUUGGUCUGAUGAGUCCAAAUUUGAGAUCUUUGGUUCCAACCACCGUGUGUUUGUGCGACGCAGAAAAGGUGAACGGAUGGACUCUACAUGCCUGGUUCCCACUGUGAAGCAUGGAGGAGGAGGUGUGCUGGUGUGGAGGAGGAGGUGUGAUGGUGUGGGGGUGCUUUGCUGGUGACACUGUUGGGGAUUUAUUCAAAAUUGAAGGCAUACUGAACCAGCAUGGCUACCACAGCAUCUUGCAGCGGCAUUCUAUUCCAUCCGGUUUGUGUUUAGUUGGACCAUCAUUUAUUUUUCAACAGGACAAUGACCCCAAACACACCUCCAGGCUGUGUAAGGGCUAUUUCACCAAGAAGGAGAGUGAUGGGGUGCUGCGCCAGAUGACCUGGCCUCCAUAGUCACCGGACCUGAACCCAAUGAAGGCAAAAGGGCCAACAAGUGCUAAGCAUCUCUGGGAACUCCUUCAAGACCUCUUGAAGCUCAUCAUAGACAGGAAGCAGCCUGUGGGAGAUUCAUGGGGUUGUCCAGGAUCAGGAAAACAUAGCUGCUUUAUUUUAGAAAUAGCGCCACUCUUGUCCCGUGGUAUUGCAACUCAGUUCCAUUGAAGUGAAUGGAGCCAGGAUGUGAUACCACACACAACUUUAGGACAGGUGAUCUUUUUAGGAUAUAGCAGCUAUGUUUUUUUUUCCCAGAUAACCCCUUUCAGCACAAUAAUCAGGAUAUAAGCAGUUUUGCAAUUGUGGGCCCAGGCAUUCUUGAAUUAUUACUAUAACUCUACUAUUCUGUCUGAGAUUCAUAAACCUGUCGCAGCAUCAGCCAUCAUGAUCGUAAGUGAAAAAUCUCACUCGACCCUUUAGAGCAGUGUUUCCCAACAAAUGUACCUCCAGCUGUUGCAAUACUACAACUCCCAUCAGGCCCGGACAGCCAAAGGCUGUCCAGGCCUGUUGGGAGUUGUAGUCUUGCAACAGCUUGAAACACACUGGUUGGAAACACAGCUUCCUUUUCAGUUUGCUCACAAAAGUGUAAAAACAUGGCUUUUCCUGCUGCUUUAUUGAGAACAAUUUUGUUAUGGGAUGCGCACUGUAUUGAUUUCUUUACAUAAAUAGUUUCCUUGUUUAUUAUGGUUCAGAGUAACAACAUUGGAAUGUCAUUCAUUUUACACACAUUUAUUUAGUGCAACAAAAUAUCAAUUGAUUUACGCUGUA